CGCGUGGCUCUCCCUCCGCUCUCCCGCCCCCGGCCGGGCUAAACCGAAGGGAACCAAACCCCUCCCCUGCCUGCAGCAAGUGGCAGCGGGAGAAGGGCGGUGGCGGCGGCGCCAUCACGUGAGGGCCCCGACUGGCGCUCGGCUCCCCGCGCAGCCUCCUCCCCGCCGACCCCAGGUCCCCCGUCCCGAGACCCCGACGCCGCCUCGCCACCCUCGCCCGGCGCUCCCAUGCCCAGCAACGAGGCGGUGCCGCUGGGGCUGGGCGCCUGCCGUAGGUCGGGGGCACUGACCGGGAUGCUGGCGCUGGUGGCGCGGCUGCUGGAGUGGCUUCGCUCGCUGUUCUGGAAGGAGGAGAUGGAGCUCACCCUCGUGGGGCUGCAGUACUCGGGCAAGACCACGCUGCUCACCGUGCUGGCGUCAGGGCAGUUCACAGAAGAUAUGAUUCCUACAGUAGGGUUCAAUAUGAGGAAAAUAACAAAAGGAAAUGUUACCAUAAAGGUGUGGGACAUUGGAGGGCAGCCAAGAUUUCGAAGCAUGUGGGAACGUUAUUGCAGAGGAGUCAAUGCAGUUGUUUACAUGGUGGAUGCAGCAGACUUAGAAAAAGUAGAAGCUUCAAAGAAUGAGCUACACAGUUUGAUAGAUAAACCACAAUUGCAUGGAAUUCCAGUGUUAGUCCUUGGAAAUAAAAGAGACCUCCCAGGAGCACUGGAUGAAAAGCAGUUAAUUGAGAAAUUACAUAACAUUACAAUGGCUUAUUCAGCACUCCAAAUCAAGACACUGUUGAAGAAAACUUUUGCUGAAGAUAACUCUUUCCCAAUCACUUUGACUCCUAUCAUCUAUAAACAAGCAAAAGAUAAAGAAUGCAACUGCAUACUACCAGGACUCACUUUGAUUGUAUUUGUUAACAGAAGUAAAACUGAGUUACAGCCUCUCUCACUAUCUUGAUUCUUUUUUUAAAAAUCCAGGUACUGUCUGCCUAGGUGAAUUUCCUGGAUGCCUUAAUCCAAGACUGAAAGAAAUCAAUACUUUUUUUGGUUCAACUGUUUAAGUUUAUGCAUGUGAAUUGUCAAAUACUUAGUAAUUUUUAUUCUAAUUUGAAACUGAAUAAAAUGCACGGUGGAAACAGA